AUGCACCAUUACGAAGAACCCAACGAAGAAGAAGAUCUACUCCAUCAACUUCGUAUCAAUCGUGAGAACAAUGGUGAUUUAACAGUCACUCAUCAGAAUAGGAUACGAUAUCCUAUUUCAAGACGGUACGGCUGGUCAUCGCACAAUUGUGAUUGUCCAGGACGAAAAACAGGUCUAGUUUUGUAUCCAUUUGAUACAAAGUACAAGAAUACUGUGUUACUUGUUUGUGAAAAUUGUUAUGGUUAUCGACCGAAUGGUGACACACAACACAAUCAAUUGUUGCAAUGGUACUACAACAUCUAUGGCAAAUCGAAACAAUUUCGUUGUGUCUCUGGAUUUUCUCAGCGGGCGGAUGGGACAUUGGGCUUCAAUAGUUAUUCACAAAACACCACAGGUUACUACACAGACAAUAUCAAUACAAUGGGUGAUAUAGAACAGAGGAUUGUGCGAAAAGUGGUUGAAGACCGGCUUGAUUCCUAUGAAGGGUAA